UUGGCAGCGCGGGGGACUCACGCCCGUAGUCAAUAGUCAACAGCCGACAGACUUAUUCACUUUGCGCUUGUAAUACGAGGCGUGCUGCCAGAUAAAUAGUCUGAUACUCUUGUCUGCUGCUCAGUAUUCCAGAGCUCUGUUCUUUCCCGGCUUCCUCGUCGCGAAAACCGUGUCGCAUUUCCCCUCCAAGCCUCAAGUCAACGGAAAUCAGUCCAUAUGGCUUACUCUGAGCGCGAAUUCUACGGCGGCGCCAUCGCGGGCGCUAUUCCUAUAGGCUGGAUUGACAGCAGUGACCUCCGCGAAGUUCCCGACCACCAAGAAAUCUACCUCUCCCCAACCACUCUCUCCAACUUCAUCCUAGAGGUCAACGAGGCCGUCCCUGACAAUGAAGCUCUCGCCCACCUAGACCAACAGCAACAGCAAUCCACCGCCCCGGCCGGCGGCGUCCAUGCGAACAAAGAAACGAUCGACAAAGCCGCCGUCAACUACCACCUCCACGACCUCUGCGACGAAGGUGAUACCAUCCAAGCUGUUAUCCCGCCAGCCCCUAUCUCCCUCCCGCGCUUCAAGCCAGAACACCAAGCGCGCGCAUACAAGGGUGUGGCCUCCUUUACGACUCCCAAGACACAACGGAAGGGCGGUGGUCGGGUUCCGGGGUCUGUGGAUGGAUCUGCAGCAACAACAACAAUGGGUGCUAGUGCUGGUGUUGGGGGGGCGGAUGCACCGCAGGUUUCGCGGUUGAGCUGUCAUUAUUUGCUUGUGCGGUUGGAGAAGCAGAAGACGGAUUUGUUGGUGUUUAUGAAUGUGCCGCAUGAUGAGUUUGAUACAAAGGGGGAUCUCGCAGGGCUGUCGAGGGAGGAGGAGUUGGCGACGGGGUUUGUUGAUAAGCUGCUUGAGACUUUGGAGGUGAAGAAUUGGGGGCUGUUUGGUUGAACCUCUUUCAUAAAGGGCCACAUGAAAAUGAUAGUUGCGAGCGAUAUGGAUUUGUACUAGUUAGUUAUUAGUUAGUAAUAGAUAGAUGCUACCAAUGAAUACAAUACUACUUGAUCACUCCUCA